AUGGCCGACAAGAAGGAAACCGAGGAAGUUGACUACACUCUCAAUAACCCCGACACUCUCACAAAGUACAAGAGCGCUGCCCAGAUCUCCCAGAAGGUUUUGGAGGCCGUCACUGCACUUUGCGCGCCAGGGGAGAAGAUCGUCACCAUCUGCGAGAAAGGUGACAAACUCUUGGAGGAAGAGAUCGCAAAGGUCUACCGUGGAAAGAAGAUCACAAAGGGCAUCUCCCACCCGACCACUGUCUCGCCAUCCUCUUUCGUCACCCCCUACACCCCGCUCACAUCUGAUGAAGCUGAGGCUUCCGUUACGCUGAAGGAAGGCGAAGCUAUCAAAAUCCAGUUGGGCGCACAAAUCGAUGGCUUUGGAACAAUAGUCUGUGAUACCAUCAUCAUUCCCUCGGCCGAGAAUAAGGAUGAUGUGAUCAAAGGCCGUGAUGCCGACUUGCUACUAGCUACCCACUAUGCAAACGAGCUUUUGUUGCGCCUAAUGGUACCACCUGGACUCCUUGCUACGGGCACUGAUGAGGAGAAGGCAAAGGCGGCUAAAGUCAAGGCACCUACCCAAAGCAGGAUCACUACUCUGCUGGAGAAGGUGGUCAAGAGCUACGACUGCAAUCUGGUAGAACACACCACCAGCUGGGAGUUUGAGCGUAACGAGAUCGAAGGAAAGAAGAAGAUCAUUCUUGCUCCUGGUGAUGGCACCAAGGGCGAUGGCGUUCCUGAAGUUGGUGAUGUUUGGGGUGUUGAGAUGGGUGUAUCUUUGGGAUCUGGAAAGAUCAAGACCUUCGAGAACCGACCAACUCUUCACCGUCGGACUACUUUGACCUAUGCUCUCAAGCGACCUAGCUCAAAGAAGAUUCUCAAUGAAGUCGUCAAGAAGUUUGGUGUCUUCCCUUUCAGCUUAAGGCAAUUGGAAGACGAGCGAGACGCAAAAGUUGGUGUUGUAGAGUGUGUCCGAGGCAACGUCUUUAGGCAAUAUGAGGUUGUCGGUGACAAGGACGCGGAGCCGGUUGCUCGACUGUUGACCACAAUUGGUAAGAAGAAACCUUCAUAUUCUGCACCCCGGAAACUUGCUGCACCACCAGGCCCAGAUCUGUCCAAGUUCCAGACGGACAAGAAGAUCACAGAUGAGGAAGUCCUCAAGAUCUUGGAGGAACCCCUGGCAAAGGAGACGAAGGUCAAGAAUAAGACCAAGAAGAAGAAGCCGGCCAAGAAGACGGCAGCAGCUGCAGAGGAUGAGGAGAGCAGCGACGACGAGUAA